UCUGAGCCUUAGGGCGACCGUGAAGGCGGCAGCCGUUGACCGCCCCCACUGCUGCUGAACGAGCAGGAGCUGAGGAGAAGCAGCCGGGGCGGCAGACUGCGGGCUAACUUUGUCUUCCCUCUGGCUUCCGCCCACAGAGCCAACAGGUCCCUGUUUUCUGUUAUGCUCCAGUGCCGCCGCUUUUGCGUGGAACUCGCACCUGGACUCGAGGCGUUACGGGCGGUCACCUGCUCUCGUGACAUUUUGGUUAAUUUGAAGAGAUACGACGAGGAGGAAGAAAAGGGAAGGGAGGGAGGGACAGGGCGGACCACUCCAAAGUUGACACUUCGUCGUUAUGUUUGUUACUUGUUGAGUGAGCCGUGCGAGCGUACACAACUCGUCAGCCUUUGUGGGCAGCGCGCGGCCAACACCUGAGAACAGGUAGGGAGGGUCUCGUGUAAGCACCAUGAAGCAGUGACAGCCCCGGAGCAGAGAUGGCAGAGCUGGAGAUUGACCAGUCCAACCUUCCACGUGUCCAAGAAGUGUGCCAGAACUUUGCUGUGCUGGAGGAUGGAGUGUUGGCACACAGCCUGCAGGAGCAGGAGAUUGAGCAAUACUACACCACCAACAUCCAGAAGAACCAGCUGGUGCAGAAUGACAUCCGUGUGGCGAAGAGGCUGCAGGACGAGGAAGAGGAGCGGCGCGCGCAGCAGAGCGCCCUCAUCAGACAAGCCUCCAGACAAAUAGAGGAGCAGGACUUUGAGUAUGCUCAGGUGAUUCAGGAGGAGCUCCAACGGAGUGCAGAGGAGGCCCGCAGGAGGGAGCAGGAUGACGAGGAAAUUGCUAAACGACUGCAGGAAGAGGAGGAGCAGAGGGUCAGCCGCAGGAGCAGAGCUCAGGAAUCUCACAGUGAAGGCAGCUCCAGUGACCCUGAGCUGCUGUCCCCACACCAGCACGCGCUCAGCAGUCUUAACUGGGACGAGCAGUACUCACCCACCACCACCAGGUGGCGCUCUACCUCACACGACCGUCCGGAUUUCACCGGGCCUCAAACCGGCUCCCCCAGAGGCGUAGCAGCUCAGAAAAACACAACCUCAUGGUCAAACCAAGGACACACCUAUUCCAUCAGGCAAAUGAGGAGUGAUUCCAGAGAGCCUUUGACCGAAGACUCGGAGGACUCAGACACAGUUUUCACUGAGCGCCUCUCACUUUGGUCCCAGAGAUUGUAUGAAAGAGUCAAAACGGCACCUGAACAACAGCGGGCAUCUUUCCGUCCGCCUCACAGGAAAAAUUACAGGAGUCUGGGCUCUCCCAGCCGCGUCCCAGAGGAGUUCAAAGGCUGGGAAGAGGAGCCGGAGGAGGGGUGCCGUAAUCAUGAUCUACAAAGGAGAAAACCCAGGCAUCCGGAUCAGGAGGGGAGCCACAGAGAUGCGCGCGAGGGCUGGCUCUGGGAUGAGGGCUCUGACUGUAAAAUUGCGGAGGCCAGAGAAAGGCGGCGGCGCCGCAGUGAGUCGGUCAGAACUUACGACAGGAGCAGGCACAGAAACGGGGGUUUGGCCAGAACCUGGAGCCACAAGGACAGCCCCGACAAACGCGUCCACUUUCAGGAGGACGGCAGGGGGCCUUGCAGGCAGCAGAGCGAAAGCAGCCAGGUAUGGGAGAUGCUGGGCCACAUACUCAGGGAGAGGGGCGUGCCUGUGAGGUUUGGCGGCGGCGGGGGGGCGCCGCUGCAAAUACGGCCUCAAAGCAGAGACAGCCAGGUGCUUCACGGGAGCCAGGUCUCCUGCGGCGACUCCCAACCACAUCAGAGAGCCUUUCAGAGAGCUGCUAGCACCAGGCACAGUUUCCAUGGCGAUAUCAGGGAGAGGAGGAGACUGUCACGCCGAGAAAAUAGUGGGAGAGAUCACAGAGGGGAUGGAGCCGGGCUCCAUGAUAAUGGAGAGGUGCAUGAGGAUAGUCACAGAGGCCCCUCCGUGGCUAACACCGAGAGACUGGGCAGCAGAAGGUGGAAAGAGCACAAAUACACCAACAGUGAGGAGGAUGGAAGGAGCCACGGCAGUGACGCAGGCGUCAGGAGGAAUACGAGCAGGCGCUGGCACCAGAUCACAGAGCAAAGGUUAAGCUCAGAGGAGCAGCAGCAGGUGGACAGCCGGCUAGAGCGGCCCAGACGGACAGCCCUCCAGCAUAGCCAAAGCCUCAGCCUCAGCAGCAGCAGGGCCUCUGCCAGCCAUAGCUCCCAGCACGUAGCAGCAGCCUCUGUGGAGCAAGAGUCAAGCGAAGCAUGUCUGGACCUGGGGGAGUUGCACCAAGUCCUCCUGGAUGAAGAACUGGCCCGUAAGCUGCAGGAGGAAGAAGAAAAGCUCUUGAGGAGAAGCCCGCAGCAGGUUGCACACGGUCACUAUCCAGAGGGGGACUUCAGAGUCGCACAGGUCGCCCAGGACGAGGAAAUCGCUCAUUUUAUGCAGAAACAGGAAAUCAAAUCUAAGCGUCAAUCUCGUGAACUGGAGGGCCCGGCCUCAUGGCGUGGGCAGAGAGAGAUGAGCCACCACGACCGACGGGCUGCCAGAGACAGACAGGUCCAGCGAGAGAGGCUGGACUCAGAGGGCCUCCCCUCCCCGACCGAGGACUGCUCCCCAGACAUGCAGCCUCCCUCCCCCAUCUCCACCACUCUAAAAGCACAGCAGAUUAGGAACAUUGCAGAGGAGCUGGACCCCACCUUCCAGGCCAGGAAGCAAGGCACAGAGAGCCUCCGGCCUAGACAGACAGGUCCAGCAUGCGGCUCGCUUCCUGUGCCUUCCUCCGGCUUGCAUGACUUCCUUGAGGAGCCCACCUUCAUCCCACCAACAAAGCGGCAAACCGAAAAGCCGGGACGGAGCAAACCCAAAGAGAAGAAGGAGAACUGCAAGCAACAGUAAUCGCUGGUCAAUCACGUUAGAGGGAAUUAUCAGUUCAUUUCGAGUUCUCAAGCUUUUCUACUUUAAUGUUGAGAAUUGUUGAAAAACAGCCAAUCCCAAUAGCACAGCCAAUAGCACUUUAGAGCAGUGGAGCAAACACUAAAAUAUUCUUCAGUUAACUGGCUGGGACUUUUCAGUGGUGAGAAUUUGGGUUUUCUGACUUCACAUACAUGCACUUAGGGGUGUUUUUUGUUUUAAAUCUUACUUUGCCAUCAAUCGGCACACCGUUAGAAACCAAAAUGAACCCUUUACCAUCACCUACGCAUUGUCCAAAUGUGAUGUGAACAUUUGGGGAUUGUGUUUAAAGCCAUAAACAUUUGCUCUGCUCUUUUCUAAGAGGACGAAAAGCGAAGACACAAAGACCUGACCCACAGGUUUCUGACAAAGCUUCUGCUUUUAAUGUGUUUUUAAUGUCAACUGUACAGUGACAAUCACAGUCUGUUUUCUACUUGGGGAAAAAAACAGAAAUACUCUUUAUGUGACAUCAAGAUU